AUGUCGACUCCAGACGAUGCGGAGAGGCUCUCGCCGCUCGUCCAGAGAUGGCCCCGCGCGAGCAAGUUCCUCCUGUCGGGCUGCGCGGCCACCGUGGCCGAGCUAGCAACCUUUCCCCUCGACCUCACAAAAACUCGACUUCAAAUACAAGGAGAAGCUGCCCUUGCUCGGUUGGGAGAUGGUGCAACAGAGUCUGCUCCCUAUAGGGGCAUGGUACGCACGGCCCUAGGGAUUGUCCAGGAGGAAGGCUUUCUAAAGCUCUGGCAAGGAGUGACACCCGCCAUUUACAGACACAUAGUGUAUUCUGGAGGUCGAAUGGUCACUUAUGAACAUCUCCGUGAAGUUGUGUUUGGCAAAAGUGAAGAUAAGCAUUAUCCCCUUUGGAAAUCAGUGAUUGGAGGGAUGAUGGCUGGUGUUGUUGGCCAGUUUUUAGCCAACCCAACUGACCUAGUGAAGGUUCAAAUGCAAAUGGAAGGAAAAAGGAAACUUGAAGGAAAACCACCGCGAUUUCGUGGUGUGCAUCAUGCAUUUGCAAAAAUCUUAGCUGAAGGAGGAAUACGUGGGCUUUGGGCAGGCUGGGUACCCAAUAUACAAAGAGCAGCGCUGGUGAAUAUGGGAGAUUUAACCACUUACGACACAGUAAAACACUACUUGGUAUUGAAUACACCACUUGAGGACAAUAUCACGACUCAUGGCUUAUCAAGUUUAUGUUCUGGACUAGUAGCUUCUAUUCUGGGAACACCUGCUGAUGUCAUCAAAAGCCGAAUAAUGAAUCAGCCACGAGAUAAACAAGGAAGGGGCCUCCUGUAUAAAUCAUCUACUGACUGCUUGAUUCAGGCUGUUCAAGGAGAAGGAUUCCUAAGUCUCUAUAAAGGGUUUUUACCAUCUUGGCUUCGAAUGACCCCUUGGUCACUGGUGUUCUGGCUUACUUAUGAAAAAAUCAGAGAGAUGAGUGGAGUCAGUCCAUUUUAA